UAAACCCAUCCCACCUAAUUCGCUUGACCAAGACUAGCCCAACCCUAGACUAGCCACCCCCUCAGUCUAAAUCAACCCUAGACCCUCCCUCCUAAUAGCUUAAUAAUUAAGAGACCAAUUUGUUCAAGCCAACAACCACACUAAUCUUAUCAUUCACACCCCUCAUUUUCUCACUACUCACUUAAACAACCUCCUAUCACUUCAAAGUUUCUAAAGACCCAUGACCACCAUUACCAAGCAAUCCCAAAGCAAAGCUAGUCCUUAACAGCAUCCCUCAUCCCUCAUCCCUCAAGCAAAGACAGUUCCUUCCCCACUUUCCUCUUCAUAUAUUCCCAUUGUUUCCUCCUUCCACUUCCUAUAUAUUCGCCGGCCAACCGACCUCCCUCCUCCAUCACCGCCGGCAGACCUCGCCGGAAUUGAGGAAGAUGGCGGCGAUGACGCCAUCAGCAGCCGCAAGUGCGGCCCAAAAGCUCCAUGCUAUAAAGGGAGGACGCCAUCUCUUUUCUUCUUCUGAUGACAGCAUUAUAAUGAAGCAAAUUCAGCAGACUCAUUCGCCGGAGGGGAGAGAUUUUGAUGUGCGGGCUGUUCUCUAUGUGGUGGAGCAAGUCUUGCUGAGAGCCAAUCCGGCAUUCGUUCUGACAGCAGCCACCCCCAAAAAUCUACUAGAACCAGCUCAAGAGGCCGCACAACAUGCUGGACUCAUUUUAACGCUGGAAGCCAUUGCUUACACGGUUCACAGGAUAUCCUAUGAGGUCACUUUCAAAUGCUCAGGAGCUGUAGAUGCCCAUUCAACCACCAUGGCUGUCUUCCACACUCUAUCAACCUACACCUGGGAUGCCAAAGCAGUGAUGGCUCUGGCAGCCAUGGCAGUCAACUACGGCGAGUUCUGGCUCACCACUCAGCUCCACUCAGUGAACCCACUCGCCAAAUCUGUAGCUCUCCUGAAACAGAUUCCGGACAUCAUCGAGCACACCGAUGUUCUCAAGGCACGAUUUGAUGCCAUUAACAACCUCAUCAGGGUCAUGCUUGAUAUCACGAAAUCCAUUGUUGAGUUCACCGAGUUACCGACGGAUUACAUCAGCUUAGACUCACCAGAUAUGAUAACAGCCAUGACUCAUAUCCCAACUGCGGUGUAUUGGGUCGUUAGAGGCAUCGUUGCUUGUAUUUCGCAGACCGUUGGGCUCAUCGGAAUCGGUCACGAAUACAUCAGCUCAACAACAGAGGUAUGGGAGCUCUCCACCAUAGCUCACAAACUAGCUAACAUCCAUGACCACCUCUCCAAGCAACUUGAACUCUGCAACAAAUACAUUGAUGGAAAGAGGCAUCAUGAAGCCUAUCAAACCCUAAUUAGGCUCUUUGAAACCAUCCACAUUGACAACAUGAAGAUCCUAAGGGCUCUGAUCUAUUCCAAAGACGAACUCCCCCUCUUUGAUUGCCUGACGAAGAAGAGGGUUGGAGUCGAUGUUCUAAGAAGGAAGAUAGUCAUGCUUUUCAUAAGCGACCUCGAAGUUAGCAAUGAAGAGCUCUUCAUUCUCAUCCAGAUAUAUCAGGACAUCCACCAUGGAAGGACUGAAAGGAAUUACGAGGUCCUCUGGUUGCCGGUUACCGAUAGAUACCAUCCAUGGAGCGAGAACAGAGAAGAAGACUUCAAAAGGUUAGCAUUCAAUAUGACGUGGUAUAUACUCCACCAUCCCUCACUGCUUCAGCCUGCUGCCAUUAAAUACAUGAGAGAGAUCUGGCAUUUCGAUAAAAAACCAAUUUUGGUUGUCUUGGAUGCUCAGGGAAGGGUAGUUUGCCCUAAUGCUCUUCACAUGAUUUGGAUAUGGGGAAGUUUAGCCUUUCCUUUUACUAGCAGUAGAGAAGAGGCGUUAUGGAAGGAAGAAAGCUGGAGAGUUGAGUUCCUAAUCGAUGAGAUUGAUCAAACUAUUCUUUCAUGGAUAGGGGAAGGGAAGCAUAUCUGUCUCUAUGGAGGAGAAGACAUAGAUUGGAUAAGGAAAUUCACCAAGUUAAUAAGAAAAGUGGCGCAUGAUGCUGGAGUUCCGCUUGAAAUGGUGUAUGUGGGGAAGAGCAGCCAGAAGGGGGUGAAGAAGGCGACAGAAGUCAUCAAAAGGGAGGAGCUGAGCGGCCAUUGGGAGGAUCCAGCGAUGGUCUGGUUCUUCUGGGCACGGCUCGAGAGCAUGUGGCAUUCAAAAAUGCAGCAUGGAGGAAAUGUUGAGCAAGACCAAAUCAUGCAGGAGGUUAUGCAGCUGCUCAGCUUUGGCGGAGGUGAUGAAGGAUGGGCAAUAAUCAGCCAUGGCUCCUUUGGCAUGGUGAAGUCCCAUGGAAAGAAGCUCUACGAGUGUUUAAUGGAGUUUGAGAGCUGGAAGGAGAGUGUGGAGGAAGAGGGGUUUGUGUCGGCGCUCACAAAGGCGCUGCUUCCGUAUCAGACACACGAGCACUGCACGCGCCUGAUUCUUCCCGGUGAGACGGGUGGAGUUCAGGAGAGGAUUAUUUGUGUGGAGUGUAAGCGUCCCAUGGAGAAAUAUGUGCUGUAUCGUUGCUGUAAGGACUGAUACUGACAACUGUGAUGCACUCUGUUUUUUCUUCCUUUUUGGGUUUUUGGGGAAUGAAGAAUUGUGGUUUGAGGCUUUGGUGUGAUUUUAUAGGAGAAGUUGGUCAUUAGAAGAUGAUGUUGUUGCAGUGUGAGGUGAGUUAAUGGUGUUUAAUGGUGUUUUGUCUGCUUUGGUUUGAUCUUUUGAUGCUAUGUUUUCCUGUUUUGAA